AUGUGGUAUUUAUUAGGUGUUUUGUUAAGUUUUGCAUUUUUGCAAAGCUCCGUUUUGUCUCGGAAACUUGAUCAACGAACUGAUGCGGGCUUCCCGGAAAUCUGCAGCAAUCGCAACGGUGUCACUAUACCCAUGCCGGGUUCCUGUACAGGUUUCUUUAUUUGCGUCGAUGGGAAUGCUAUAGCCAGCUCGUGUGGCAGUUUUUAUCAUUUUAAUACACAAACCGGACUAUGUGAUCAUCCGUUGAAAGCUAAUUGUCAACUUGAUCUGUCACAAAUCAAAAAUAUAACAUCCACAAGGAAUGAAAAGAAACAAGGUACUCGUUCAUCUUUACCUAAACCGAAAACGCCUGACGAAGUUGUUGCGGAUCUGAGUAUUGGUCCGAUUUGCAAAAAAUUCCCGACCGGUACGCUCUUACCAAAACCAGAUUCUUGCUCACAAUACUACGUGUGUAUAUUGGAAAGGCCCUAUCGCCGUACCUGCCCCCCAAUGCUUCAUUUUAACGCAUCAAGAGGAUUAUGUCAAGACCCAACAAUGGCCAAAUGCAGUACACAAUCGAAAAAAUUAACUAAGAAGGAAAUCGAACUAAUUAAUACGGUAGCAACUAAUUCAAAGGAAUACGACAUAGCUAAUUUAGAUGAACUAGGCAAUACCGAUAGUACGAAAAAGGACACCAUAUGCGUAAUGAGCCCAAACGGUACUUUGUUCCCUUUCCAAGAUGACUGUAACCGCUUCAUUUUCUGUAUGAAUCACCAAGCUUUGGCGUUGAUAUGUCCGGAGGGACAUCAUUUCAGUGUAAGAAAUGGACGUUGCGAAUGGCCCUCCAUUGCGAAAUGCCAAUCCCACGAUUGGUGA